AUGCGUCUGCCCUGGCUCGUCCUCGCCUGUUUCUGUCUCCAGGCCUCUGCUCAGCUCUUCCCCAGACAGACUCCAGACCCAACAGACAAUCCUACAAAUCCUUCCCAGUCAUCCAGCUCAUCCAGUUCAUCCAGUACUUCAGUUAGCUCCUCGUCGUCGUCGUCCUCUUCCUCGUCCUCCAGCUCGUCCAGCUCCUCCUCCUCGUCGUCCAGCUCCUCUAGCUCCUCCUCGGCCUCGUCUACCACCCCCACCUCCAUAUCCACCACCCCCACCAGUCUCUCCAGGUCUCUCCAACUCACCACCGUCGGCGGCACAGAGGUCAUCGUCACUGUCAUCGGCUCCGCCACCUCCUCCACUCCCUCAACAACUGCCACCAAUGCCUCUGCAAACGGCGACGACGACGACAAGUCUUCCGGCAUGAGCACUGGCUCCAUCGUCGGCCUCGCCGUCGCAGGUGGCAUCGCCGUCAUUGGCAUCAUCGCCUUUUUCGUCUGGAAGUUUACCAGGAAACGCUUCUCCGACUUUGACGACAACGAAGCAAUCAAGUGGCCCGAUCUAAAUACCCAUGGCGCAGGCACUUCCGACUCUCACCCGCUCCCUGUCAACAACACCGGCCGCUCUGGCUUCGAUACCGGUUCAGAGGGCUCGCUCUCCCGUCGUCCUUCUACCAACUACUCAACCCCAGACUUUGCAUCUUCCGGCCCAGACCCGUACGCCGUCCCUCCUCUGCCCCAUCUCAACCCCAACCAGCCCUACCGCGACGACCCCGCAGCAACAGGCGCCUACUACGACCCCUACCGCGGCCCUGUCCCCGGAACCAUCGAGCAAGGCGGCGAAGCCAUCCCCAUGACCCAGAUGAACCAGGGCAGAAUGAGUCCAGGCCCCCACGCCGCGUACGACCACUACGACAUGGGCGUCCCGCAAGGCCGCCAGAGCCCAGGGCCGCACAAUAUGGGUGGAUACGGCGGAGGAAGGACAUCUCCAGGACCGCAGGCGGCCUAUGGAGGUGGGCGCGCGUCUCCCGGCCCUCAUGCCGCGUAUGCACCAUACCCCGACCAGCGCUGA